AUGGCUGGCUCGAGCGCUUCUGAAGUCGUCUUUAUUUCCGUCAACUACAACAUCACAUUAAUAGGGAAGAUUUGGUUCAUCCUGAUGAUCUUCCUCCGCGUCCUGAUUCUCCUCCUGGCUGGUUAUCCGCUCUACCAGGACGAGCAGGAGAGAUUUGUGUGCAACACCAUCCAGCCGGGAUGUGCCAACGUUUGCUACGACCUGUUCUCUCCCAUCUCCCUCUUCCGUUUUUGGCUGGUCCAGAUCAUCACCCUGUGUCUUCCCUACAUCGUCUUCAUCAUCUACGUGGUCCACAAGGUCUCCAACGGACUCAGCGUGGUCCUCAACACCGGAGGCAAGUCGGCUCAGGUGUUUAAGGAGCUUCUCACCAAGAUGACGGCGAGGAAGAGAGUGGACCGAGGAGUCCAGUUUUUCACCGGUGCGUAUAUGCUCCACCUGAUGUUCAGGACGCUGCUAGAGGUGGGCUUUGGUGCGGCCCACUACUACCUGUUUGGCUUCUACAUCCCCCGGAGAUUCCUGUGCCAGCAUCCUCCAUGCACGACCCAGGUGGACUGCUACAUCUCCAGACCCACUGAGAAAACCGUGAUGCUCAACUUCAUGCUCGGAGUGGCGGCUCUGUCUCUUCUGCUGAACGUCCUGGACUUCUUCUGCGCCAUCAAGCGCUCUGUGCUGCAGAAGAACAGGAGGAAGGUGAUGGUGGAGGAUAUUUACGAGGAAGCGCCGGCGAUAGAUCAGAGUUGCUCGGUAAAUCUGGCGGCAGAUUCCGGUCCCGCUGGGAGCUUCCGAAGGAGACGGGGGAGCAAGGGGUCAUGUGGAGCGGGAGCAAGUGAUCCCGCCAGUGGAAACACCAAUGGGAACAAUGGCUGCUCCCAGGUGGAUGAUGGCAGCGAUGUGGCGCUCUGCCCUCCGGAGCCCACGGGGACGCCAAGAUCCAUCCGCGUUAGCAAGCGCAGUCGACUCAAACCCCCGCCUCCACCAAGAAGGGACCUUGGCCUGCAACACGGCGGGGCAGCGGCUCAAGUCGGAAGUAAUUCCUCACUUACUAGUGGAAGGGCUGUGUUAGAUGAUCCCAGCGACGACGGACAGGAGAAGCGAUCGCAGUGGGUGUGA